AGAUGGAGAGUCUCAAGACUGAUACAGAAAUGCUCUACCCUGAGAUAAUUGUAGAAGUGGGCAGAGUAACUUUUGGAGAAGAGAACAGGAAGAAGAUGACCAGCAGUUAUUUGAAAAGAACUGAGAAUUCUAAAAUCAUCCAAGCCACAUGUGCACUGUUAAAUUCUGGAGGGGGUGUGAUCAAAGCGGAGAUCCACGACAAAACCUACAGUUACUGCUGCCAUGGGCUGGGACUGGAUCUGGAAACAUCUUUUCAAAAGCUCCUUCCUUCGGGUUCACAGAGAUACCUUGACUACAUGCAGCAGGGGCACGAUCUCCUGAUAUUUGUGAAGGCAUGGAGCCCAGACGUUUUCAGCUUCCCCCUAAAGAUUUGUAGCUUGCGCUCCAAUUUAUAUCAGAGAGCUGUGACUUCCACUAUCAACCUGAGUGCCAGCAGUGCCCUGGAGCUUCUCAGAGAGAAGCGGUUUAGAGCCCAAAGAGGGAGAUCGAGGGUGAAAGGGACACAUCCUCAGAAAGUUCUUGACAGACACAUUCAGGAAGAGGAAGAUAUGAGGAUGUCUGCCUCAGAAAUUUUUAAAAAGGACAGACUCAUGUAUAGGGAGAAACUCAACUUUACUGAGUCCACACAUGUUGAGUUUAAAAGGUUUACCACCAGAAAGAUCGUCCCUCAGAUUAGGGAAAUGCUGCCUCACUAUGUUUCUGCAUUUGCCAACACCCAAGGGGGAUACUUAAUUAUUGGGGUGGAUGAUAAGAGCAAAGAAGUGUUUGGAUGUAAGACAGAAAAAGUGAACCCUGACUUAUUUAAAAAAGAAAUAGAAAACUGCAUAGAAAAACUGCCUACAUUCCACUUCUGCUGUGAGAAGCCAAAGGUGAAUUUCACUACCAAAAUCUUGAAUGUGUACCAAAAAGAUGUCCUGUAUGGUUAUGUCUGUGCGGUUCAAGUGGAGCCCUUUUGCUGCGUGGUAUUCGCAGAAGCCCCGGAUUCCUGGAUCAUGAGGAACAAUUGUGUCACAAGGCUGACAGCAGAGCACUGGGUGGCCAUGAUGCUGGAUGCACAGUCAGCAACUUCCAGUUUGACCGCAGAAUACAGCUUUCACCUGAUUGCAUCAGCUUCCUCUGCACUAAGAAGCUCACCAUAUCCUAUAAAAGUCCUGGGAUUUAAGAGGGCUCUACAACAACGUUUGUUUCCAGUGACACAAGAAGAGAUACAAUUUAAACCAGAAUCCCUGUGUAAGAAGCUAUUCUCAGAUCAUACAGGACUGAAGGAAUUAAUGAAGACACAGAUACUUCAAUGUUCUCAGGGGAUUGUGAUAUUUUCUAGAAGCUGGGCUAGUGAUGUUGGCUUAAGGAAAGAACAGAAUGUCUUGUGUGAUGCUCUCCUAAUAGGGGUUAACAGUCCCCUGGUACUCUAUACUGUCUUAAUAGACUCCGGUUGGAUCCGAGGGCUUGAAUAUGCCCGAGACACUGCUCAUCAGUUAAAACAGAAACUGGGAACUGUUGGUGGUUACACAGGGAAAGUGUGUGUUAUUCCAAGACUGCUGUACCUGCCCAGCGCACAGUGUAGACCUAGAGAGAUCCCUGUGCACUACCCCGAAUCCUACAGGCUAGCCAAUGAGGAUGAAAUGGAAGACUUGUUGCAGGCCCUUAUCGUGGUCUCUCUGUGCUCUAGAUCUCUUCUGAGUGACCGGUUGGGCUGUGAGUUUUUCAACUUGCUCAUAGCGGAGCAGUGUGAAUUGCUCUCAGAGAGCCUUCACGAGACACGAGAAUUGUUCAUCCACUGCUUUCCAGGAACCAGGAAGACAGCCAUAGCCAUUAAAAUCAUGGAGAAAAUUAAGAAUUUGUUUCACUGCAAACUAAAAGAGAUCCUCUAUGUUUGUGAAAGUGACUCCUUAAGGGAUUAUGUGACUCAACAAACCACCUGCCUGGUUGUGACCCGGAAAACCUUCAUGCAAGGGGAGUUCCUAAGGAUUAAACACAUAGUAAUGGAUGAGACUGAGAAUUUCUGCAGUUCAUACGGAGACUGGUACAUGAAGGCUCAGAGCAUCACCCAUCCAAAGGUGAGGGGGAGUAGAAAUGAAAACCUUCACCACGGGAUCCUCUGGAUUUUUCUGGAUCCUUUCCAAAUCCAUCAUGCAGAUAUCACUGGCCUUCCCCCUCCAUCUGCUCAGUUUCCUCGAAAAAUAAUCACCAGCGAGAUCCACUGUGCUUUGGAAAUAGCAAUGGUCAUGAAAGAAGAAAUGAAGAGGAUCAAAGAGGAUCCUCCCCCCAGCAUGUCUCCAGACACAUUGGCAUUGUUCAGGGAAGCUGCCUACGAGGAAGCAAUGUGUGCCCAGGCUCUGCCCGGGGUGUAUGAGACAGAGACUAACCUGACUACAGAACAAAUAGUGAAACACGUGGCAGAAAGAUGUCACAAUCUGUUCCAAUGUGGCUAUCUGCCCAAAGAUAUCGCAAUUCUGUGCAGGAAAGGGGAAGACAGAGGACGCUAUGAGCUUGCACUGCUAAAAGCAAUGGAAUUUCAGACCCAUGGAGCAACAAAGAUUAUGUUCAGCCAGGCCUCUGGUGUUUCAGGCAGUCACAUCAUCUUAGACAGCAUUCAGCAAUUUUCAGGCCUGGAGAGGAAUAUUGUGUUUGGGCUUAGUCCAGAAAGUGCCUUGUCAGAGGAAGUUCAUAGGCUCUGCUUUGCCUCAAGAGCCAUUAAACACCUUUACCUGCUUUAUGAAAAGAGAGCAGCUUUCUGAAAAUGAUUUCAAACAGUACAGGUAGCCAGGAAGAGCAGAGUUCCUUCUCCCAGGCAGGUGGCAGCUGCUCCUUUUCAUGUCUCAAAUGUCAAAUGUCUCUUGAGACUGACCCUCCACUGUUUGCACUGUCACCGUCCUUUCUCCAAUCCACUUCACCUCCACCCUGUACAUUGUUCCCCUGCCACUAGUUUUCCUAGUCCAGCCCAUCUUUCACCUUGUCAACCACAGAGGUUCUCCUCAGAGAACUGAUUUUGUGAUGUCCCCUGUUCAGUGAGUCCCUGCAGUCUUCAGACCAAACCAAUUUUUAAGGCUUUCUUUAACUAUCCUGACUUACUCUCCUAAUGCAUCGUUUAUUACAUCUCCAUCUCCCAAUGUUUCUAAUGCAUCCCAGCCUCGCUACCCUACUUUGGAGGGUGGAAGGUAGGGCCCCUCCAGGCUACUUACUUUGACUAGGUGUCUCAAGGGCAGCACCUUGUUGGCAUGUCCUACUGGCUACAGGCCUCAAGCUGUACAGGCCCAGAACUGAUUUCCUCUUUGCCCCAAGUCUGGAUCAGUCUCAUAGAGAUGGCUUUAUGCUAACCAACCAUAUAAAAAACAGCGCAUGAAUGAAAAUGCCACUCUGUCAAUUUAUACUGAGGACUGUAGUAAUAAGCAGGCCAGCUGCUUUUGCUAAUCUGUACACUAAAUAAUAACAUACAAAGCCAAAUUAUGUAGGCAUUGCUUUGCAGCAAGGGGAGCUAGUAAUCUGAUUCAAAUGUGUGGAAACUUCAGACUAUGUUAGGCUAUUGCAGUCAUCUCUAAAGGAGAGAUAUUUCUAUCAUGAGGACUAGACAGGUCAGGUUUACAAAAGAAAGCAAAUGUAGCAUGCUAAGAGUGACUGGUUGUCCCAUAUUAUUUGCUUCGGAUGAAAUUUUUUCUCUCUUCUAGUUUCUAAAGUUUCUGGGUUGACAACCUAAAUUUGCCCUCAUUCCUCCCACCACAUGCAUUUUCUGCUUAAAACAAUUCCCUAUAUUUUAAUAAAUUAAUCUAGGCUGGAAAUGGCUUAUACUCUGCAUCUGGCCUGGGAAGUGGAUGCGCCUUUGCACACCCUUGAUUUCUUC